AUGGCGAAUCAGCCCGUCUUACUCUCAAGAAAACAACCCAGCGUGCUUUGCGGGACUGGACUAAAGUCGAAGACUCAAGACGAUUUUGCCCCACUCAAUUCCAAAUUGGGCCGAUAUCAAACAAGGCCCCUGUGUUUCUAUGCUGCUGCCUGUCAAUGGGCCCGUGGCUAUGCUUUGAAGAAAGAAUCUGAAGUGAGCAACUUGCUCAAGGAACUAUUUUGUGAUAUUGCCUUUCCAAGACGUUCAAGUGUGAUUCCUCUCUCUAGAGAAGAGCGGGAUAGUACAGGUAUCAAAUACCUGAAAAAGCGUUUUACAGAAGACUUGCAUAACUGUUUGAAAAACUCUGACCCCAUCAAGAUUGAUGAUUUACAGGAUCCUUUGGGUGCCUACAAAGCUGAUGAAAAGUACAUCAGACCUCUGCACAAGAACGCUAACACUCCCCACUUUGAACGAUAUGAAGAUGAUGAAAUGUUGCAGCAUGAAGAGCUUUUUGAGGAAGCCCCAUCUGAAGAAGAUGACCAGGUGGAAUUUGACAAAUACGUUGGUGUUAAGAUCCGGAAGAAUGAAAAUGGUAUUGACAAAUUUGGAGUUGUUCGUGGAAGAAAAAGAAGAGCAGAUGGCUUGAUGGUUGGUUCGUAUUGUGAGAAGCCUGUCUUGGACACUUCUAUUUAUGAAAUUGAAUGGCAUGACGGUGAAACUGAAUCCUAUCGUGCAAACAAGGUUAUUGAAGCAAUGAUGAUGAAAGUUGAUGAUGACGGUAAUAGUAUCCUCCAUGUGAAAGAAUUUAUUGAUCACAGGACGGAGGGCACACGAGUCCAUGCUGAUGAUGGUUUUGUCAUGGUAAAGAAUAAGAAAGUUCCUCAAAGAACUACAAAAGGGUGGUAUCUGUGUGCUCAAAUUCAUGGUGAUGAGACAGAAUGGAUUGAUUUGAAAACUGCAAAGGAGGCCUAUCAAAUUCAGGUGGCCAAAUAUGCUGUUGCUAAUGAGCUUGUAUCUGAGCCUGCUUUCUCUUGAAUCUUGGGACCAGAUGAACCUGUUCCCCCUGGAUAUACUUGUAUUGACUUGAUGACUGUCUUUGAUGUUAAGAUGGACCUCACACAAAAGGCCCGGAUAUGUGCUCAAGGGGACCAAACUGAUCCUCCUCUUUUGGUAACGUAUGCCAGUGUUGUCACUUGUGAGAGUAUUCGUAUUGGAUUUUUGCUUGCUUUGUUAAAUGGUUUGGAUAUUUUGUCUGCUGACAUUGCUGGAGCGUAUUUGAACGCGCCUUGUGCUGAGAAGAUUUACACAGUACUUGGACCCGAGUUUGGAGACCUUGAGGGUCGCACUGCUGUUGUGGAGAAAGCACUCUAUGGAUUAAAAUCUUCCAUGUUCUCAUGGAGAUCUACGCUUUCUAAGCUCUGA